CGCGGAGCGCGGGAAACGGCGAGGGUCCCCGCGCGCGCCGUGGGCUUCCGGUCCGGCUGGGUACCGCCCGGCCAAGGGAAAGAUGCCUGCAACCCAAAAGCCAACGCGAUACGGCCACACGGAGGGUCACACGGAAGUCUGCUUUGAUGACUCUGGCAGUUGCAUCGUGACUUGUGGCAGUGACGGAGAUGUGAGGAUUUGGGAGAGUUUGGACGAUGACGAUCCGAAGUCGAUCAACGUGGGAGAAAAGGCUUAUUCUUGUGCUCUGAAGAAAGGGAAACUGGUCACCGCAGUGUCUAACAAUACCGUUCAGAUUCAUACGUUUCCCGAAGGCGUUCCAGAUGGCAUCUUGACUCGGUUCACAACAAAUGCGAAUCACGUCGCCUUCAAUCGGGAUGGAACCAAAAUCGCGGCCGGAUCUAGUGACUUCCUGGUCAAAAUCGUGGAGGUGGUGGACAGCAGCCAACAGAAAACACUCCGAGGACACGACGCCCCCGUCUUAAGCGUCGCCUUCGAUCCCCAGGACGUCUUUCUGGCGUCGGCAAGCUGCGAUGGGACCGUUCGAGUCUGGAACAUUUCAGAUCAGAUAUGUUCCGCGAGUUGGCCUCUGCUACAGAAAUGUAACGACGUGAUAAAUGCCAAAUCCAUCUGCAGACUUGCGUGGCAGCCCAAACACGGGAAAUUUCUGGCGGUUCCUGUGGAGAAGACCGUGAAGCUGUACAGAAGAGAAACUUGGAAUAAUCCAUUUGAUCUUUCCGACGACUUCAUCUCUCAGACGCUGAAUGUGGUCACCUGGUCUCCCUGCGGCAGGUUUAUAGCAGCAGGAAGCGUUAACGGUGGUCUCGUCAUUUGGGACGUGGAGACCCGGGCCUGCGUGGAGAGGAUAAGACACGAGAAGGGCUAUACAAUCAGCGGCCUGGCCUGGCACCCUAGCCGGGGCCAGAUAGCUUACACCGAUGCCGAGGGGAACCUGGGACUGUUGGAGGACGUCGGCGAGACCGAGAGAAAGAAAUCGAGCGUUAAGGCCCCCGGUGCAGCGGAAAAGGAUUACAGCGAUCUCUUCGACGGGGACGGCGACGGGGACGAUUUCCCCAGCGAAGACCCAGCGGGGUCCCGGUCCACCCCCAAAAGGGGGAUGGACGACGACGAAGAAGACGACACGGACCUGACGCCGGCUCCAAGUCACCUCCGGCAUCGGAGUACCUUUCUGGAGGACGAUGAAAACUCGGCCGACGGUCUUUUGCCGAGCACCGGUUUCCAUCCCGACCGGGAGGGAGAGGACGGCGACCGGGCAGGGGAUCCGCGACGCCGGCCAUCCUACGACGGACCGCUGCCGACCCCCCGGCAAAAGCCAUUCCAGUCCGGCUCAACUCCCUCCCACCUCACUCACCGCUUCAUGGUGUGGAAUUCCAUCGGGAUCAUCCGCUGCUAUAACGACGAGCAGGAUAAUGCCAUAGAUGUGGAAUUUCAUGACGCUUCCAUCCACCACGCAACCCAUUUGUCCAACGGUCUUAACCACACCCUCGCCGCUCUUUCCCACGAGGCCAUUUUGUUGGCGUGUGAGAGCACGGAGGAACUCGCGAGUAAGCUUCACUGCCUGCAUUUUAGUUCCUGGGAUUCAAGCAAAGAAUGGACAGUAGACAUGCCGAAGGGCGAGGAUAUUCAGGCCGUCUGUCUGGGUCAGGGCUGGGCCGCGUCUGCCACGAGCACCUCCCUCGUUCGAAUUUUCACCGUCGGAGGCAUCCAGAAAGAGAUCUUCAGCCUUCCCGGCCCCGUGGUGUCAAUGGCGGGACACGGAGAGCAGCUCUUGAUCGUCUAUCACAGAGGAACUGGUUUUGAUGGGGAUCAGUGCCUGGAAGUCCAACUCCUGGAACUGGGAAGCAAGAAAAAGCAGAUUUUGCACGGAGAGCCUCUUCCCCUUUCGAGGAAAUCCUAUCUGACGUGGAUUGGCUUUUCGGCAGAAGGGACUCCUUGUUCGGUGGAUUCCGAGGGCACGGUGAGGAUGCUAAACAGAAGCUUCGGAAACACCUGGGCACCGAUAUGCAGCACCCGGGAACACUGCAAAGGAAAGUCCGAUCAUUAUUGGGUCGUCGGGAUUCACGAAAACCCCCAGCAGUUGAGGUGCAUUCCUUGCAAAGGAUCUCGGUUUCCUCCUACACUUCCACGGCCUGCGGUAGCGAUUUUGUCAUUUAACCUUCCUUACUGUCAUAUUGCAACAGAGAAAGGUCAAAUGGAGGAACAAUUUUGGCGUUCGGUCUUGUUUCGCAACCACCUAGACUACUUAUCCAAAAACGGCUACGAGUUUGACGAAAACGCCCAAAAUCAGGCCACGAAGGAACAGCAAGAACUCCUGAUGAAAAUGUUUGCACUUUCGUGCAAACUGGAACGUGAAUUCCGCUGUGUGGAACUCGCUGGGCUGAUGACCCAAAACGCCGUGAGUUUGGCCAUUAAAUAUGCCUCUCGUUCUCGGAGAUUAAUGUUAGCCCAGAGGCUCAAUGAGUUGGCUGUGGAGAAAGCGGCUGAAUUGGCAGCAGCGGAGGAGGAGGAGGAGGGAGAGGGUGAGCAGCAGGAGGAUUUCCGAAGCAAGCUGAAUGCCGGCUACAGUAGCACGGACACGGAGUGGCGCCUACCCCAGUCCAGAAGCCACCGGCCAGAGGAAGAGGGAGAAGACCGUGACGAAACCGGGGAGGUCGAAGAAGUGGAAGAGAAACCAGAAUUGCCUAGGAAUCGACAGAAUCCAUUCUGUAAAGGCGUAGAGUCACCCGAAGCACCGGCUGUCAAAUCAGGUGCGAUUAUAUCCAGCAACCAAGGACGAGUGAAUCCCUUCAAGGUGUCAGCCGGUGCUAAAGAAGCAGCCCCUCCUGGAAAUGGCAUCCGGUCCUCGAACAUUUUAGACAACAUGAACAAACUGUCCCGGAAAUCGACCGCCGCCGCUCGGACCGCAAGCAAGGAGAAACCUCUGGUCAUAAAGCCCCUCGCCCCGAAGCCGAAGUCCAAGCAGGCCCUGGCUGCCAAUUUUUUCCACACCCGCACCCCUAAAACGGACACGGCAGCGGAGGCGGGAGAAGAAAAGUCCGAAAAUCCGGUAUCCGAGAGUCCAGCGGUUCCCCCCGAGAGCGUGGAGACCAAAAGACCCAGGACAGGCUUCCAGAUGUGGCUUGAGGAGAACAGAAAAGACAUCUUGGUCGAUAAUCCUGGUUUGUCAGAAGAAGCGGAUAUUAUAAAAGAAGGCAUGAGUCGGUUUAGAAUGCUGUCAAGUGAAGAGAGGAUGGGAUGGGCAGACAAAGCCAAAGGAGGAACUGCAGGCGAUGAAGCCGAAGCAAAGAAACGGAAACGUCCAGCUGGCGAGAACAUCGAGCCAGUGAGCCCGAAAGAGACAUCGAAGGAGAACCCGAGUUUGCCCAAAAAGCGGAAACCUCUAGACCUCUCCGCCAGUCAGAAGCUCUCAGCCUUUGCGUUUAAGCAGGAUUAAAUCCAAGAGUCGACGGCGUUCCUGUCAAAACACUUUUGAAAAAUCCGUCCUUCCUGCGGGAAGCGUGGUAAUGUAUGUUGAGAGGAAUCUGUAAAAGCGACUGCUUCAGAGCUGUCAUUUUUCAGCAGUGUUGUGGAAACUGCUGAGAUAUCUCAUCAUAUUUAAGAAUCCGGAUGCAGAUUCUUCCGAGCGGGAUCUGAAGUGAUCCGUAAAUAUAUCAUGUUGUAGAUAAAUCCCUUUUGCAUUGUUUCUCUGCUUUUAAAGUUUUCCAGGCGUUCAAACCUCCAGUGCAUCUGGCAAACACCAGCUGUAAAAAAAAAAAUAAAUAAAAGUGUCGAUAUUGCAAACUGA